ACGAGGGUACGUACACACUACUCUCCACCCUUGCAUUGACAGAGAAAGAUCGGGGACGGGAGAGAGAGAAGACCAAUAUCGCUAUCAAAUCAGAUUGUAGACACGGUCUAAAGGGCGAGAUUGUAAGGUGAAAGAAAACGGGAGAGGCUCAUCAUCAAUUGCGUAUUAGAGGAUACUGUCAAAAUAACAACAUUGAAAUCAGUUGGCCACAACACCGCCCGUAAUUCCGUUAUUUUAGCCUUAAUUACGCACGCGGACACGGGGGAAACGCAAACAGCCGAAGAUGGAAGGAAUGGCAUACGGAGCGGGGAAGGCGGGGGGCGCGUUCGAUCCGCUGACGUUUUUCCGACAACCGCAAACUAUUCUCCGUAUUGUGUCGUGGCUGUUCGCCAUGGUGAUCUUCAGCUGCAUCGCCAACGAGGGCUACGUGAACCGGCCCACCGAGGUGGAGCAGAGCUGCAUCUUCAACCGCAACGAAAACGCCUGCAACUACGGCGUCGCCAUGGGGACGCUGGCCUUCCUGUGCUGCAUGGCCUUCCUGGCGCUGGACGUCUACUUCCCCCAGAUCAGCGGCGUCAAGGACCGCAAGAAGGCCGUGAUGGCUGACAUCGGGGUGUCCGCGUUCUGGUCCUUCAUGUGGUUUGUUGGGUUCUGUUUCCUGGCCAACCAGUGGCAGGUGGCCAAGCACGAGGACAACCCCCUGAAGGAGGGCGGAGACGCUGCCCGGGCCGCCAUUGCAUUCUCCUUCUUCUCCAUCUUCACCUGGGGGGCGCUGACUCUGCUGUCCUUGGAAAGGCUAAAGCAUGUGUCUUUCGAAGAAGAGUACAACAAACUUUUCACCACCCAGCCCACGCACCCCCUUGUCUAACACUAAUGCUAAUGCUAACGCUAAACCCUCUUCGCCUGUCUUCUCCCACGUCUGUGUGUCAGUCCUCUGGAUUCUGCGCACAGCCUAUUUGCCGUUGGAGCUGCUUUUUGUACGUUUGUUAAGGGUGCGGGGGUUGUGGUAUUAUUUUGUUCUUUUUUUUUUAUGAUUCGUUUUGCCAUUGUGUGUAUGUAUUAAACCAUUCCAAACGGCAUUGGUUUGUAGGGUUUUUUCCCCCCUGUGUGGUCAUGGGGAACGGGGUUAGCGUGCUGUU